AUAGCGGGAAAUUGCUGUCUUAGAGUUGAUAAACCCUUCCUUUCAUUGGAUAAAUUGUGUAUAGCAUUCUAGCCUCCUCUCCGGAAGUUACCGAAGAUCUGAAAUUGAUUUCUUCCUGAACUUUAACUUGUCCAGCUUCAACAGGAACCAACAUGUCUGACCAACAGCUGGAUUGUGCGUUAGAUUUGAUGAGACGACUUCCACCUCAACAGAUAGAAAAGAAUUUGACGGAUUUGAUAGAUCUAGUGCCAAGUCUUUGUGAAGAUCUUCUUUCAUCAGUUGAUCAACCUCUGAAAAUAGCCAGAGACAAGCAGCUGGGGAAAGAUUAUCUAUUAUGUGAUUAUAACAGGGAUGGAGACUCGUACAGGUCUCCCUGGAGCAAUAGUUAUGACCCUCCUUUGGAUGAUGGAACCCUGCCUUCUGACCGGUUAAGGAAACUGGAGAUUGAUGCCAACACUGCCUUUGAUCAAUACAGAGAAAUGUACUUUGAAGGAGGAGUUUCGUCAGUUUAUCUGUGGGAUCUAGAUCAUGGUUUUGCUGGAGUUAUAUUGAUCAAAAAGGCUGGAGAUGGAUCAAAGAAAAUUAAGGGCUGUUGGGACUCAAUUCACGUUGUAGAAGUUCAGGAGAAAUCCAGUGGAAGGAGUGCCCAUUACAAACUAACAUCCACAGUGAUGUUGUGGCUACAGACCAGCAAAGAUGCCUCAGGAGUCAUGAAUCUUGGAGGCAGUUUGACCCGCCAGAUAGAACAAGACGCCCCAGUCAGUGAUGCCGCCCCACACAUUGUCAAUAUUGGCAAAAUGGUGGAGGAGAUGGAAAACAAAAUUAGGAACACACUGAAUGAGAUUUACUUUGGAAAAACCCGAGACAUAGUAUUUGGCCUACGAUCAUUCAUUCCCCUAGGAGAUAUGAAGAAACAAGAGGCACUCCGAAAUGACCUGGCAGCAGCUUUAUCUAAGAGAAGUGCAGCACAAUAAUAGAUGUCAUCAGUAGUGCAUAAAACUUAACAGUGACAAAUCAUGUUUAUUCAUCUGAGCACCUUUCUCAUAGGGAGUACAUUCGUACAAAUCUCCCAAAGCUGGACGCAAGUUCAUGUAAAAUUGUGAUAUUAAGCCUCUUGAGAAAUGAAACUAUUGGCGGGUUCAACAGAAAUUGACCAUGAUGCCAGCAGUUCUUUUAUUCAGUGCUAUUCAUAGAGACUUUUUAAAAUGAAAUGUGUAUCUGCUGUUACGUAUACUGAAUGUUAAUGUCUCUACAGAACUUCGAAAUAUCAGUUAAUUCAACAGUCAUUCCCAACACAUUGUAUGAAAAGUGAGAUUUUAUGUACAUUUAAGACAAAACUUCACUUCUGUUUAUUAGUUGUCUUAUUUAUCAGUAAAAGCAUUUUUAUAUGGUA